AUGGCAGCGUCUGCGGAAAACGUCAUCACAGCCCACACGACGUCAUCAUCGCCUCACAUCAUUUUUGACGGAAGUGACGUCCCACACAACUGCGUGACGUCAAGCUCCGUGCUGUGGCAACGUCCCGAUGAUCCAAUCAGCGCCGCCACGGAGGAAGUGGUGCAGCGUGUCAAGACGACGGUAGUGGCGCAGCUGUGUUUUCUCAUUGGUGGAGCGAGCAACUGUGUCAACAUGGCGGUGUUCCUGAAGCAGGGUGUUCACGAGAGAAACAACAUGUGUCUCUUCACCUUGGCUUUGGUCGACUUGCUGUAUUUGUUGUUCAUCUGUUUCCUUUACGGGGAGAACACCUUCGCUUUCUUUGGGCAGGUACCAAGAAUAGGCCCUGUCCACGCGUUUGUGGUAACUAACCACUUACUGGGUCUGUAUGGCCUGGCAUGGACAUCAGCAUUCCUGUCGGCGGUGAUAGCAGCUGAGCGAUGCUUCUGCAUCCUUAACCCUCUCCAUUCCAAGACAUUCUUAAGAACCUCAACACUGGCCUUCUUCGUCGCCAUCAGCUGUGUUGUUAUAAUUGCUGGCUUUUUUGUGGUGUCGGAAAAAUGGACAACAGUGUGUAUGUACAAUCCUGAAAACAACUCGAGCUUCACCCUGCUGACCACCAACGGGUACUACCGCCGUAACAGGAAAAUCGUGGACAUCUUCGAUGGACUCAUCUAUGGCCUCCUCCUGCCUGGAGUGGACAACCUCGCUGUGGCCUUCAGUACCGGGGUCAUGGCCGUGCACCUGAAGAGAGCCGUGAGCUGGAGGGACAAGGCAUCGUCAGGUGUGUCCACCAAAGAGCUCCUCCUGACCAAGAUGCUCGUCUGCUUGUCCAUUCAAUACAACUUGUCAUCCGUUCCAAACUUUGUUUUUCGCAUCACGUGUAUGUUUGUGGAGGAUCUGAGCGAAAACGGAGGAUAUCGUAACACAUACUUUCUCAUGCGGAGCAUCAUCGAAAUGGUGUCCAUUCUCAACCCCUCCCUCCACUUCUUUGUUUAUAUUUCCUUUGGGUCAAGGUACAGAAAAACACUCAAACACCUGUGUGCACUGCGUCACUGGAAAAACCGUUAG